ACCCCCGCCCCCCCCCGCGCUCCCCCCCCAAUCACGGCCCGCGCCGCUGCCUCGCGCCCCUCCCCCCGCCAAUGACCGGGGCGCUGAAGGGGGGGAAGGGGCGGGGCGAGGCGGGGCAGCGCGUCUCGUCUCUCCUGAGGGGAGCCCGGCGGAUGCGCCGAGUCCGCCUGUGCCCGCCGGGCCCGCCCCGCCUGUCAGAGGAGGCUCCCUCACCCACCUCCACAGCCCCUCCUCGGAUCGUGUGUCCUCUCCGUUCCCUCUCCCCCUCUCCCCCCCCCAAACACACACUUCGUCGUCCCGAGGGAGGGGAGGCGUCUGGUCCGGGGUCGGUCGGCUGCCGUGGGUCGCCGCGCUCCCCGCCGCCGCCAUCAACCGCCGCUGCGCCGGCCCCUCAAGCCAGGUUUGCAACGGGCCCCGUGGUGGGGCAUACAGAUUAACUGACCCCUUUCACGAGUUCAUGGAGCUGCUGUCUCUCUGCUUGCUGUACUUUUCAUUUCUGAGAGGAGAAAGCGGUGUAUGAGAUUACAGGAAAAUGCCUCGGACAAAGCAGAUACAUCCCAGAAAUCUGAGAGACAAAAUUGAAGAAGCACAGAAACAACUUAAUGGAACAGAAGACCAACAGAGAGAAAUCACUGAUGCUGGUACUAGAGGAACCCAAGAUGCAAUUAAGGGUGUAAAAAGAAAAAAGAUUGUGACUGAAAACCAUUUAAAAAAAAUACCAAAAUCGCCUUUGAGAAGCCCUGCUGAAACCAAGGUUAAGCAGAGUGUAGACCCUUCACCACUAAAAGCUCUUCCAGAUGCCUCCAAACGCACCACGGCACAGGAUCACCUGCCCUUGCAAAAUGGAAAUCAAUGUACCAAACAAAAUGGAGGAGUUCUUAGUAGUGAGAUAAGUGUUGAAACAACCAAAUCUGAGACAUCAAUGCAGGCAAAGCUUUCUGUGACACAUCAGCCCUUAGAUUUGGGUAAACAGGCAGUGGAGGACACUGAUGCAAACUGCCUGAACUCACCAGAGAAGAAGUCCCUCUCAAACUCCUCAUCAAGUAAAACAAAGACUGACAGUAAUGAAUGUAUUGAUUUUGUUGAUUGCAGUACCUCCUCCCCGUGUACACGUACUGCGUUUGAUGUCUUACUAAAAGCUAUGGAGCCUGAACUGAACACCUUAACACAAGAGUGCCCCCCUUAUGGGAUGCAGAUAGAGAAACUGAGACCAAAUAAAACUGUAAGCACCUCUUCUAGUCUCACGUCCAGUACGAUGAGUGUCCAAAAUCAGCCCACGUUGCCACAGCAUGAGUUUGCAAGUGGAGCUCACUACUACCCGUGUUCGUUAAACAAUGUGCAUGUAGCAGCAGCAGCCAAGACUGGACAAGCACAAGGCCAGUCGGUUUCUCAUUCACAAGACCUUCUCAUUAAAACCAGUCAGCAAAAUCCCCAGGUUGUUAUGUGUCCAAGCUUCACUAGAUCACUGGUGCACCAGCACAGUCAAGAAAACCCCAAGGUCCAGCAGAUAUACAGCAUAGCAGUAACUUCUUCUGUCGUUCACACCUCAUCUUCCACUGUAACUCAGGUUUUCCCUCAGAACCAGUUAGUAGCUAGUUCCUCUUCACCUUUGUCAAUUAGCACAUCGAGUUCAACACACUUGUCUAUAGGUCCUGUGUAUAGUUCUACCCAGAUAGCAUCAGUUGUGAACCACGGUGCAGAACAGAUAUGUAACCUCUUGAAAGACCAGAAGCCUAAGAAGCUAGGGAAGUACGUCUGUGAGUAUUGCAACCGGGCCUGCGCCAAGCCCAGCGUUCUCCAGAAGCACAUCCGCUCCCAUACCGGAGAGCGACCGUAUCCUUGCGUGACCUGUGGCUUCUCUUUUAAAACCAAAAGCAAUCUGUACAAGCACAAGAAGUCUCACGCGCAUGCCAUCAAACUGGGACUUGUCCUACAGCCAGAUUCAGGUGGCCUCUUCUUAUCCCAUGACUCAGACAAAGCACUUAGCAUUCAUUCAGAUGCGGAAGAAAGUGGAGAAAGUGAGGAUGAAGGCACUGCUGAUGAAAGACAAGAUGAUCAGGAGCUGGAACCUGCACAAGUGGUGAAAGCUAUUUCGAAUACAGAACCGCUGCAGAAGGGAAGCCCUGUUCCGUUAAGCAACCCAGACUCUAUAGCAGGGGACUCUUCGUUACAUGAUGCAGAGCCUCAAGUAAGAGCAGCUUUACCAAAAGUAGUAGUUCAUCCUGUAAAUGUUUCUCCAUUAAGGGCUGAUAGCCCAAAAGUAACAGAACCAGCCCCUGAGCUUGCUGCAGCACAGAGAAAAGGAGAUUUUAAAGGGACAGCUCCUCAGUCAAAUUUCACACAUACAGCCUCAGUCAAGGAGAAUGACACAAAGCAACAUCAGAAAGCAGAAGUGGGCCUGUUAGAGGACCAGCUGGGAUCUGCAGUAGGAGCAAUGCACGCUCAGCUCCAGAGGCAACAGGCAACCGAUGGUUCCCAAGAUCAGCAAGGAAAAUCUCUUCUGAGCCCUAGAAGUUUAGGUAGUACUGAUUCUGGGUAUUUCUCUCGCUCUGAAAGUGCCGAUCAAACAAUGAGUCCACCAGCUCCCUUCGUAAGGGGAUUGUUAGCAUCUGAGAAGGAUUCAAGCAAAAGCCUGCCCUGUGUGCCGCGAGCAAGUGGCGUGGUAGCAUCAGUGGUACAGACUGUUUGUGCUGAAAAAAACCUGAUCCUCUCUGGCCCAAUGCGGCCUCCCAUGGCAACAAAAACUCUUGAGGAGCGUAUCUCGAAGCUAAUUUCUGAUAAUGAAGCAGUUGUGGAUGACAAACAGUUAGACAGCGUGAAACCAAGAAGAACUUCUCUUUCAAGAAGAGGAAGCAUAGAUUCACCAAAAUCUUACAUAUUUAAGGAUUCUUUCCAGUUUGAUUUAAAGCCUAUGGGAAGAAGAACUAGCUCGAGCUCUGAUAUACCAAAGUCUCCUUUCACACCCCCUGAGAAAUCAAAGCAAGUUUUUCUUCUUUCUGUACCAUCCCUUGACUGUUUACCUAUAACACGAAGUAAUUCCAUGCCUACUACCAGCUACUCAGCAGUACCUCCAAAUGUAAUACCUCCCUCUCAUCCCCUUCGAGGAAGUCAGUCGUUCGAUGAUAAAAUUGGCUCUUUGUACGACGAUGUUUUUGUCUCGGGACCUGCUACUCCACUGAACCAAGGCGGACAUCCUCGGACCCUUGUUAGACAGGCAGCAAUAGAAGAUGCUUCUGCUGGUGAAAGCCAAGUUCUUGGGCCGAUGCGAACUGUAGAAGAAAAUUAUCUGGGCUGCAACUUAUCAAAUGAAUCUUUGUUACAAAGAAGCAAGUCCCUGGCACAAGGCUCAAACCUCGAGAAAGCGAAGAAGUCCCCUCAGGUGCGAGGAACAAUGUUUGAGUGCGAAACCUGCAGAAACAGAUACAGAAAACUGGAAAACUUUGAGAACCACAAGAAAUUUUACUGUUCAGAGUUGCACGGACCUAAAACUAAAGUGGCAGUCCGAGAGCCUGAACAUAAAACGGCUCCAAACAGCACACAGCCUCAAAUGCUGCACUACAGAGUCACUACUUCAACAGGGGUCUGGGAGCAAACACCCCAGAUAAGGAAAAGAAGGAAAAUUAAAAGCGUUGGUGAUGAUGAUGACCCCCAGCAAAAUUAUACGAAUGUACCAUCGAAGAACUCAGAAGGCACAAGCAAGCCAGCAAAUUAUUCCAGCCUGUCAAAACACAGUGCAUCAACAGUGGUGGGGUCACAGCAGCCAAGCAACCUCCUACUUCAAAGCUCCCAAAUUCAGCUUGUGGCUCGAGGCACAGAUCAGACUGCUGAGACAAAGAUGCCUCCACUCGUUGAGAAGCAAACAAGUUCAGCUGUGCAAGAGAAGGUGGAGUUGAAAAGACAAGGGACAGGCAUUUCUGUGAUACAGCACACCAAUUCACUGAGCAGAAAUAGCUCAUUUGAGAAGUCAGAGUCAUUUGAGAGAGUGUCACCAUCAUCUUCUCAGGAGCCCAACAAAGUUGCUAAGCACCAUUCUUUGAAUGCAAUUGUAAUCCAAGAGGAUAGACAUUCUCAUCUGAAUGCCCCACAGCAUCAUCAACCCCUGUCGUCAGAAGCGCCUAGAGGGGAAGUUCAGGGAAGCCAAAUUGCUUCUAAUGAGAGAAGUGCACCACUGCAGCCAUCAAGACUUGUUCGCCAGCAUAACAUCCAGGUUCCUGAAAUACUGGUCACAGAAGAACCAGACAGGGACCAAGAAAACCAGUGCAGUGAUCAGGAAAAGACAGAAAGGUUUAAUUGGCCACAGCGCAGUGAAACACUGUCAAAACUGCCAACAGAAAAGCUCCCGCCAAAGAAGAAAAGAAUCCGCUUGGCUGAAAUGGAGCAUUCUUCUGCUGAAUCAAGUGUUGACUCUACGCUUUCCAGGAGCCUGAGUCGGGAGAGCAGCUUGUCUCAUGCCUCCAGUUUCUCGACUUCACUUGAUAAAGAUGAAACUUUGAAGGCUGAGAAUCCUUCCAAAGCAGAGCCUGUUGCUAAGUCAUCAGAAUUCCUCAUGAUUCCUGCUGGCUCGCACACGCUGACUCUGCCUGGACCUCAUUACCGGGAAAUGAGACGUGCUGCCUCAGAGCAAAUUAACUGCACACAGCCAUCUAUGGAGGUCGUGGACUACAGGAGUAAGUCUUUUGACUGUGGAAGCAUGUCUCCUUCAAAACCCAUCCCAGUUGUGGAGAUAGCUGCUCCAAAAGUGUCAUCUGCAAAUGGAGUUACUGGACAUGUGCCUUUGCUAGAAAGGAGGAGGGGGCCAUUUGUAAGACAAAUAUCUUUAAAUAUUGCUCCAGAAAAUCAACAGCCUCAAGUUAAGUCUACGUCUUCAUUUCAGCCAGCUCAUGUGACAGAUGUGCCCACAGGACCAUUGCACAGGCUGUCCACUUCUGGCAAGUCUUUGGUGGAGUUUCCUUCAAGUACUCAGCAUUCACAGCCUCACCCCAGGCCUCACUCGGCAAUUCAGAACUGUAAUCCUAUUGGCCUGUCUUCAGUUCAGCAGCCUCUGGAUCACGUGUUGAGUAAUCAAGGACAACCAUCCUCUACUCAUCAGGCUUCCCAGACAUCUACUAAAACAUCAGCCCAUGGGGAACAAGGGAGCACAUCUGCACUUUCUUGUCAUCCCGAUGAAAAAAAGGACUGUUUUGCUCCCAAGUAUCAGCUCCAUGUUAAAACAUUACAUAUAGGUCAGCCAUACUCUUCUAAACUGCUCAAAAAUAGUUCAUCAGCUCAGGCUGUUCCAAGUCAAGUUGGGGUGGACCAGAACGCAUCCUCCUUUGAACUACAGACUAAACUGUCUGACAUGUCUAAUCCGUACUCUGUGCCUCCCCUAAAGCAAAUUGUCCCUAAUAACUGCAGCAGUCAACUCCAGCAGCUUCCUCCCUUUGUGGUUCCUGUCCGGAUCCACAGCAGCGUGCCGUCGUACGGCUUUGCAACCGUUGCACCCCUUCCUCACAUUUUAGUGACCCAGGAUCAGGCGAACCAGUCCGCUUGCAAAACAAAUGUUGUCACAGUGCCAACGCUUGAAGGCAAAACUCAGCUGCCAAAUUCUCACAAAGAUCACCAGAGGACUUUGCCAAAUUCAUUCGAAUUUGAAAAUUCACAAGCAGAAAGUGGAACCAGAAAUUCACCUCUGUCAAACGCUUUGAGUCUUGUUCAGAAAGUGCCAGUUAGUGGACUGUUUCCUCAACCAGAAGCCACGGCAUCAAGUAAGCGAAUGCUUUCCCCAGCCAACAGUUUAGAUAUUGCCAUGGAAAAACAGCAGAAGCGUGUUAAAGAUGAGAGUGGAGCUGCCUGCAUGACGGAUGCUCGACCGCUGCAUUCACUGAGUAUUAGACCCAGUGAGCCUACUGGUAAGCAAAAGAAACCGGUUUUGGUAAGACAGGUUUGCACCACAGAGCCUCUCGAAAAUCUCUCAGAUCCUGAUGGUGUUCCACAGCAUGAAAAAAGCAGCAAAGCUGCUAUUUCAGACCUGCUGUUGCCUGACCAGCAUGCGUCUGAUGCUGGGGUUUCAGAAACCCUAAAGGAGUCACCAGAAGCUGAAGAACUUAAGUCUUCGGCAUCGCCAGUGUUCGCAGUUAGAAAACCGUCUGAAUUGUCACCACUGAACAAUCAGAGCUCUCUUCUCAAGGCUGUAAGUAGCAGUCAAGAAAGAAGGCCGCCAAGCAGCAGUAAUGAGAGCAAGCACAUCAACAGCCAGGGCCAAGCAAAGCCUGGAACUACACUGGCUGCCAUGAAUGCAGGAGAAAUGCAGAGGUUGUCAUUUCCAAGCCUCAAGACCACAACGAGUUUUACUUGGUGUUACCUCCUGAAGAGAAAGCCCUUGCAUCUGCUGCAACAUGAUCAGAAAAUCUCAGCCUAUUCUACAUGGACCAUCAGUCCCAACAAUCCCAACCCACUUGGUUUGUCAACAAAGGUAGCUCUCUCCCUCCUCAAUUCCAAGCAAAAAGUUGAAAAACCACUGUACACCCAAGCAAGAACAACUCAUCCCAGGUCUGAUGUGUUGGUCUACUCAAGCAAGUGGAAGAACAGCUUAACCAAGCGAGCAUUAAAUAGAAAAAAAAUGGCUGCAACUGAAUUCAGCAAUAAGGAAAACUCUGAAUCAAGCACUGAGCACGAUAAAGAAAAUUCUUUUACCAAAAGUGAACCAAGAAGAGUUAAAAUAUUUGAUGGAGGGUACAAGUCCAAUGAAGACUAUGUGUAUGUUCGGGGCAGAGGGAGAGGGAAGUAUAUCUGUGAGGAGUGUGGGAUCCGUUGCAAGAAGCCCAGCAUGCUGAAGAAGCAUAUCCGCACACAUACCGACGUUCGUCCUUACCACUGCAAUUACUGCAACUUCUCCUUCAAAACUAAAGGAAAUUUAACAAAACAUAUGAAGUCAAAGGCACAUAGCAAGAAAUGCAUGGAUUUGGGAGUCUCGGUAGGCUUAAUAGAUGACCAGGAUGGAGAAGAAGAAUUUGGUGAGAAGCAAAGAUUUGGCUACGACCGGUCAGGAUAUGACGUGGAGGAGUCUGAUGGGGCAGAUGAGGAUGACAAUGACAAUGAAGAUGAUGAUGAAGACAGCCAGGCUGAGUCAGUCCUAUCCACAACCCCCUCAGUGACAGCCAGCCCCCAGCAUCACCCCUCUCGACACAGCCUGCAGGAUGCUGCCAGCACUGAUGAAGACAUCAGGCUUCCGGACUGCUUUGCUGGGGUUCACACAGACUCUAUGGAUGGUCUGCCAAAAGCACUGCUGACAAAGAUGACCGUCCUGAGCACAGUGCAGUCAGCUAGCACAACCUCCAGGUCACCAGCAGAAUUCACCUAUCAGGAAGCACAUGAGGAGAAAGCCCAGGACAGAGGAGCAGGCCCCCGUGGUGCUAGUGCAGCACAGGUGGGCAUUGUUCCUACAUCUCCAGGUCACCAGAUGUCUGUGGAUUACCCUGAUCCAGGAGCAGCCUUGAGCCACCCCUUGAUAUCAACUGCCGCUCUUACAAAGAGCACGCCAGCCAUCAGCUCUUCCUCCUCACCAGUGCACCACAGCAUGCAGGUGACAGAAGUGACACCCUGCACCGAAACCACAGAGAAGCAAGUCACUGAGCCGAGAGCUCCCCAGACUCACCUCUUCAGCCACCUGCCCUUGCACUCACAGCGGCAAGCCAAGGCACCCUACGGCACAGUGCCAGUGGGGGGGAUUCAGGUGGUCCCUGCCGGCCUGGCCACCUACUCCACCUUUGUUCCCAUCCAGGCGGGGCCGGUGCAGCUCACCAUCCCCACCGUCAGCGUGAUUCACAGAACUACCAGCACCCUUGGCGAGGUGGGCGCAGUGGCCCCCGGCGCCGCUGCAAACCCCGUGGGAGUGGCCGAGGUGAACAGCGUCGUGCCGUGCAUCCCCAUCGGCCAGGUGAGCGUGCCGGGCAUCCAGGGGCUUGGCACGCCCAGCCUGCAGCCUCUGCCACCGCUGGGCAUGGAGACGGUGAACAUCUUGGGCCUGGCGAACACGAACAUCGCCCCGCAGAUGCGCCCAUCGGGAAUUACCCUCAACGCUGUGGGCCUCCAGGUUUUGACUGCCGGCACGGCCCCACAGGGCAACCCCAGCCCACAGGCCCAUAUUCCCGGCUUGCAGAUACUGAACAUCGCCCUGCCCACCCUCAUCCCCUCUGUCGGCCCUGUCAGCGCCGAGGGGCAGGGACCCUCCGAGGUGCCUGCCUCAUGUGGCAGCAAAACCUGCGAGGCCCAGCUGGAGCCAGCCUCUGUCAGCUUCCCCGCCACAGAGGCCAGCAGGGCUGCUUCUCCUCAGGCAGGUGGCCAGCAGUACAGCGGCAAGGUCCACACCGAGCCUGCCCCGCUGAGCGACUACGUGCGGCUCAACGGCCCAGGGAAAGCAGAUCCUGAACAGACUGACCUCGUGAAGUCCACCAAGCCAAAGCGCGACAUCCCUUCCCUUCAGGUGAAGAGAGCUACCCCAGCAGAGCCUUGCCCCAGGGCGAAACCUGACCCCUUAACCAAGUCCCCGCUCCAGCGAACUGUCUCCCCGGACAGACAGGUACACAGGCCAGCCGCCCCGCCCCGGCGGCAAAACACGGUGCAGUUUAGCGAUGGCAGCAGUGACGAUGAGGACAGACUCGUCAUAGCAACCUAGGCUUUGGGGGCUUUUUCCAUUGUGUUUUUAUUUUGGGUUUUUUGUUUUUUUUUUUAAUAACACUUCCAGGUUUCUUUGCAAACCUUCCUUUCCUUAAAGCACAUUUUUUUCUGACACAAACCCAUUACUAAUCUUCGUGCAAUCAUGAACUCUUGACCAAUAAUUGUUGUUUCUUGUCAGCUUCAGCCAUUUUUGUACAUGUUGUAUAGACGAUUGUGCCUUUUUUUGGAGUUUCAUGUUUAGAAACCUGUACUGAUUGUGGAAUAUAUAUAUAUAAAAUAUAUAUAUAUAAAUAAUAUGUAUAUUAAAACCCAGAUAGUUGCUUGUGUUUAGUAAGUAAACAUCCUACGUCGGAUAAAUAAAGGAUUAAAUUAUAUGUUGCACUGUUAAAUGUAAAUUUUUAUGGCUGUGGGACAAAGUUUCUGUGUACAGAUCUAGUAUGUAAAACUCCAUAUUUAUUGUAUCCAUAUUAGUCUUGGAAAAGGGUCUGUCCAUCUUUCUCGUGUAAGACGGUAGCUUUACACUUUAAAGAGAAAUACAGUAUCUGUGUUAUGAAAUAUUACAGUAAAAUUUUGUUUACUGACUUUA